GCCAGGACAGUGCACAAGCGUCAUUCGGCGCGUACUGAGCGAAAGGCUAGAGAGGUGCGUCGUCGGAGGACCAACACGAGAGCGGCGUCGCAGUGCCGUCGUCGUCGUCGUUGACGUCGUCGUCUUCUUCGUCAUAGUAAAUACGGCAAACAGUCGCGUGGUAGUCGUCCGCGUCGUGCGGCCCAUCAGCGUGCGGUUUUUCGCGCGCGGGUUUCGAAGUGCGAUACGAAAGGGGAAGUUCUCGCGCCGAGGGGUCGCAGGCGAAAUCCACGGCGAACGGUUGAACAGCGUACUUCGCGCUCGCGUCUCCGAGAACGGAUAUUUGCAACCCAGAUAUAGCGGCCGGCUCAAAAAUUACUUGAUGCGCUGAGGAUGCGCCGUGAUUUCCGCAACGGUGGGCUUGCCUGCGCCGCUGUUGUGUGGGUGUCAUCGACCUGUCUGCUCGUCCUCUCGCUGUCAUCAUCGAUCACCACCGCAGAGCCAUCGCUGCGGGCCGUCGGUCGAUGUCCUUCCUUCGUCGAGCAGAACGUAUGUCCGUCCAGGUCGCCGGGCUGUGAGAAUGACUUCCAGUGCCAAGGUGUGCCGGAGGAACGCUGCUGCGCGACCGCGUGCGGUCUCCGCUGCGUCAUCGGCGAGCUGACCGGGUGCGAGCAGUUGGCUCUGGCGGCCGUGAGACGGUCGCGAGCACUCGCAGCUACCCGCGGACCGCCGCAAUUCGUACCGCGAUGUAACAACGAGACUGGCGAGUUCGAGAAGGUGCAGUGCGAGCCGCAGGGUCGCACUUGCUGGUGCGUCGACCAGCUCGGCACCGAGAUUCCCGGCACCAGGGCGCCGAGCAAAGAGGUCAUCGACUGCGACAAGCCGCGUGCUUGCCCGGCCCACAGCUGCCGCAUGUUCUGCCCCUUGGGAUUCGAGAUCAACGAGAACACAGGCUGUCCCAAGUGUGAAUGCCGCGAUCCGUGUCGUGGUGUCACUUGUCCCGGCGCAGGUCAGACAUGCGAGCUGAUCGACGUGAGCUGUGCGCGACCUCCGUGCCCGCCGGUACCCAGCUGUCGUAAGGCGAAGUCCCUGUUGACGAUUUGUCCAGUGGGCGAACCGCUGCAGAUCACAGACUCGCCGCGGCCGUUCCUCUGCGGCGACCGACCCGGCAAACCGACUUGUCCGCCGAUGUACAGCUGCCUGGUGGAGCCCAAGCAGGAGUACGGAGUGUGUUGCCCGUCGAAUGUGCGGCUGCAACGGGUCGGCGAGUGUCCUGCGGAUGAUCCAACAGCGACUGAGUGCGGAUCCACUUGUCGCUACGAUCUGGAAUGUCCCAGCCCGCAAAAGUGUUGCAACAGUGAACGCUGCAGCGGUAACGUGUGCACGGUACCACGUGGUCUCAGCGUGUGCCAUCGGGACCGGGUUCUUGCGGAGAUGCUCAGCGUCUCCGAACGUGAAGGUCGCGGUUACGUUCCUCAAUGUACGGAAGAUGGAAAUUACGAGACAAGGCAGUGCUCGAGGAACGGUCUUGUCUGUUGGUGCGUGGAUAACAAAGGUAGAAAGAUAUCCGGUUCAAUGGGUCCCGCUGAGAAGAUCGACUGUAAAUCGAUAAUCAAGGCGCGUUCGCUCCCAACAUCUUGCACGCCUCAGCAGUGCGCCCAAGUCUGCCAAUACGGUUUCAAAACGGAUGUUUCCGGUUGUCCGACUUGCGAAUGCGACGACCCGUGCGAGGGAUUUCCUUGUCCGGAAGGGCAGGAGUGCAGCCUGAAACGCGAGGAAGGCUGUCCUGAUUUUCUCUGCCCGACGAAACCAGAAUGUAAACCCAAGAAAACCUACAAGAGCCCUUGCUUACCCGGCACACCGCUAAUUGAUCAGUACGGGAACGCUGCGACUUGUGCUUCGAACGAAACUUGCCCCGAGGGCUACAAGUGCACGAUGGUGCCGGAAGCCGGCCAAUCAGUAUGCUGCAUGAAAACAUCAAACCUUAUGAAAGCACCCACCAUGUGCGAAUAUUUGCGAGACUUCAACGAUCGCAUGGAGGGUACGAGGGAGGGUAUGUCGUUGGCAAUCCAGGCGCCUCAAUGUAAGGCGGAUGGCAGCUAUCGAGCCCUGCAGUGUCAUAACGACAGCUGCAACUGCGUGAACCACCGUGGCGUGAUGUUGAAGACCGGACUGGACCCUACCAGUGCCGACUGCAGCGGUAUCGUGGAGGAGCUCGCAAAGACCUGCCAACGCUUAUACUGCAACCUGAUUUGUCCAUACGGCUAUGAGCUAGAUGCAGCCGGUUGCGAGCAAUGCCGCUGCCACGAGCCGUGCCGCGACGUUAUUUGUGGCUCUCACGAGGCGUGCACGAUGAUCGACGUCAACUGCGGACAAGAUCAGUAUUGUCCGGCUGUACCUGCCUGCCUGACCACCAAACCAGGCCAAUGUCCGUAUCUUGUACCAAGCUCAUCCAGCUGCGAGCUGCAGUGUAGCAACGAUCAAGAGUGUCCAUCGGGCGAUAAGUGUUGUUCGACUGGCUGCGGCACGCAGUGCGUAUCACCGGUAAUGGCCACGGCUUGUCAACACGCUCGCGCAGUAGCCGAGCACGCAGCGCGCGAGUCCGGCGAGCCUGCUCGCAGGAUCUACAUACCCAGGUGCGACAUGAACGGCGCGUUCGAGCCGGUACAGUGUCACAACGGUAUGUGCUGGUGCGUAGAUGAAGAGGGUAAAGAAGCGGCAGGCACGCGAGUCGUUGAGGGUAUCGUACCGCGGUGUAACACGCCCCUCAGGUGUCCGGAGAUCGGCUGCAGACUCAACUGUGCGGACGGCUACGAGCCGGACCCGGAUACCGGCUGUCCGACCUGCUCAUGUCGAGAUCCAUGUAAGAGUGUGACGUGUCGCGGCGAGAACGAAGCAUGUAGGAUGGUGGAGGUGGCUUGUAGCGCACCUCCGUGUCCACCUGUACCAGUUUGCCUACCGAAGAAGGAUAAUCCGUGUCCAAACGGCUCUCCGUUGCUCGACUCGGACGGUACAGUGGCCACUUGCGGUCCUCAUGGUCAUCAUUGUCCGUCAACGCAUAAAUGCGAGCUGUCGCCGUUGGACGAGUACGCAGUCUGCUGUCCGAAGCCACGCGACGUGUGCUUCGAACCACCUAGGCAGGUGUCCUGCAAUUCGAAUGCGUCCAGCUUCAACGAAACUGAGAGAUGGUAUUUUGAUCCGGAGGACAAUAAGUGUCGACGUAAACAUGACUGCACCCUUGGCCACAACGAUUUCGCCAGUCGACUGGUAUGCGACACCGUGUGUCCAGUACUGUCGCCGUGCGAGAAACUGCGUGAGAAGAACCUGAAGAGGUCGCAGAGACUUAAACGACCCACGUUUCUGCCCAAGUGCAACCCAGACAGCGGCAUGUGGGAGCCGGUGCAGUGUUUGGAGCACGUCGGGGUCUGCUGGUGCGUUAGUCGGAAAGGUCAGCCGGUGAAGGGUUCGCUUACUAGAGGAGCGGAGCCCAAGUGCAAUUUCCGACAAGCCAGACGGAGUGGUCGGGGGCAACAGUCUCAAGAAAUCGAUCGAGAGAUUCAGGCGAUCAUGGAGGAUGCCUUGUUAAAUUUAGAGACGUCAGAUGAGCGGCGAUCGGAGAGAAUCUUGGGCACUAGGUGUCAGGCGAUGAAGGAGAAAGGUCACGUGCCGGCGAUAUGCGACUCGCAGGGUAGAUUCGAGCCCAUGCAGUGCGCCGGCAACACCUGCUGGUGCGUCGACGAAGCAGGCAAUCAACUCAUUGGAUCGGAACCGUUCUUGAAGGGAACGAGUAUCUGCCUGCCAACACCGGUCGAAGCGGUGGAGGUGACACUCCGUUUCCCCGGUCGAUUUCUCGCUACGGACGAGACACGAUUUAUCAAGGAAGCCGAGAACUUUUUGCAAGAGCUCGGGGCAAGGCUGAAGAAAGAUGUGCGGGUGGAGAUCAAUCAGGAUUCGGCAAUCCUGAGCUUCGAGAUCGUCGGUGCGAAUAAAGUAGAUGUGGCGUUCCAUUUGGAGGAACUCACACGAAUCCAAAAGCUGUCCAUGCUGGGUUCGUCCGCGGAUGCGACCACCUCGCGUUUUACGCAUCGCUCCGCUCCCGUGGCGAUGCAUGGCAGAAUUGUCGCGUUGGAGCAGCGCGAGAUUCUCACCCAGGUGGAGACGCCGGUUUAUCAAACGGCGACACUUGUGCUCGCGGCGGGGAGCGCCUUCGUGAUCAGCAGCCUCGUCAUUCUGCUGAUGUUGUAUCGCAAAAAGAUGAAAAUGAAAGAUCACACAAAGACGCUUCCGAUGGAUCAGCAUUUCCUCGCCUACAGCCAACAGCCAGUUUACGUAAUAUCGGGAUCGGAACAAGAAGAGAAAGAGAAGGAGAAGGAAAAAGAGGCUGCGGCGCAGAUGUUGGAAGACAUUCAUACGACCAACACGUCGUAGGAGUAUAAGCGUUUCGACACUUUCUCACUUCGGUCGUUCCCAUCUUGUACGGUAGUGAUUCGCAAAAGCCUGUCUCUUCGGAAGCGCACGAACCGAUUCGCUAAGAGGUAUCCAUCGAUAUAAUAACAUACGGAUGUCAAUCGAUACCCUUCGAAGUAUUGCGCUCCCCGUACUCGACGCUCCCGGAAGCUCGUAAGCGUGCGGCAAUCACAAUUAAUUCUCGGUCUAUUGAGAAACUUUUGAGUUUAGAAAAGACUCCUCUCUGUUUCCGCAAUUUGUUUCAUGUAGCACAUGUUGUAAAUCUUGUAUCAGUGAGGAGAGGAUUCUUUGUGAAGAAAUAAAAAAAUCUAAAAGAUUUUAAUUACAUCUACAAAUAGAACAUAUCAUCAACUAGAAAAAGUAAAAGAUGUAGACCACGUCUUUCUGGUUGGUUGUACGACUUUUCAGAAGAAAUAAGAGUUUGCUUUCACAUUCACUUUUCUUUAUCAAUUAUGAUGAUAUACUCUGAAGGAAACGGAAAUAAGUCUAACAGAUACGCCGGACAUGAUGGAUAAAGAGGCUGAAGAAUUACAAGAGUGUGGUAUGAUACGGGAAUCACUGUCGUACACGAUAAUGUAGCGCACAAUAUUGUAGUCAAAACCGCGCCAUGCAUAUUCCACUGUCAUUUUGUCAUAAUUUAUUGUCCGCACAUUCAAAGAUUCAUUGCGGUCUAUGGACUUGACGAUCGACCGUCUUUUUGUACAGGGGACGCGGUACGCACGCUCUUAUGUGACAGACUGUAAUAUCUUGUCGGUGAUACAAUAUGUAAAUAUAUAUUACGCAUGACAAAUCGGUAUGAUCGUCUAUUUCUUCCAACAAAUAUAUCCCAGCAAACACAAUAGUAUAAUUGUUAUACUGCUGUUGAUGUAACGUAAAUGUAAAGUGCAAUAUGACAUUUACGUUACUGUAACAUACACGUCAGAGUUAAUUUCCCGCUUAAACAGUAUUACGGAAUUAAUAGAAUUCUGUUUAAUAACAGAAAUGUAACGUAUAUAACAUAUGUUUCUAGAAGAUUGUCUGACAAUUAUAUAUAUUCGUAGUUAAAAUAUUAUAGAAUUUGAAUAUAACUUACUGAUUUCCUCCUCUCAGAACUGUAGAUCUGUAAUUGCACGUAACAGUUUUAAAAGUUAUAUUGUUGUCAUAAAAGGAAAUCAAGUAAAUAAGUAAGUAAUAUAUUAAUAAUUUCUACCAGCAGUUACAUUACGUGUUUUACGUCUUCUACGUUAUAUAAUAUUUAUGAUCUAUGUUUGCUGGGUAACUUCUCAAAUGCGCGCAUACAACCGGAAACAAAUGCGAAUAACAAAUUGGCCGAUGGGUGAUGGGAAUCGAUCGUCGAGUAGCCGAGCCGCAUUUAGGAGCGAUUUCAUUAAUCCGCCGGUUUGUCUUCAUCGAUUCGUACGUAGAAGUCACUAACGCAAGGAUGUCUCAGCUUAAGGAUCACUAGCUGGAGGACGUCGUUGCGUUAAUACAUCGCGCGGGUGUAAAUAUUAUUUAUACUGUGUUCGAUUAUUUAUAUAGACGAAUAAAGAACGAAACUCUCA